AUGUACACUUAGUUGUAAAAUUAAGGAUAAUAAAAUUCCAAUAAGCUAAGGUUUAAUUGGAAGAUCAUAUUGAUCCUCUUACCAUUUGCUUUAGGCUUGGGAAUCUACUUUUCAAUUACGAGUGGAUAGCCUAAAAAUGACCCUGAUUAAACACUAAAAGUUAGGCAACCUCAUCAACAAAUUCCAUAUUUCUACAUUUCUACCUAUGAAGAAUGUAAGAAAGAACUCACCCUUAGUAUUGAUAACUAUACGACUUCGUUCGAAUUGCCAAAGCAAUAUCCAUUUGCAUAUACUAAAUGUGAAAGAUCUGAAAGAUAAGAUUAUUCAUAUCAUUUGUAGGAGUCAUUGACAAGUGUGUUUUAACUUAAUAAGUAAAAUACCCCAAUAAUUGAAAUAAUCCAAGUUAACUAUUAUUUAGAGUUUUCGGAAGUGCUCUUCAAUUUAAUUGAUCAAAAAAUUUUAGGAUAUGAAUUUGCAGAACAAAAUAGCCCAGCUUACUUUAUAAGAACAAACAACAACAUAUUUUAUUCAUUUGUAAUAUAUACGUCAUCAAAUGUUGAAUCAAUUUAUCAAAAUUCUCUUUUAUAAAUAAGAGUUUAUGGAGGGCGUGUAAAUAUCAAAUUCUUUCUUUAUGACAAACCUGAACAGAUUAUCAAAGCAUAUCAUUAAUUUAUAGGUGGUUACAAAUUGUUUCCAUUUUGGAGUUUGGGGUAUCAAUAUUUUGGAACUUGGAUUGAAGAAAAAGACUUAAAAUAUUUAGAAUCGAAAUCCAUUCCUCUAGAGAUGGUUUGGAUUGAUGAACAAAAAAAUAACUAUUUACCUCCAAAUUACAGAAAAAUCAAAGUCACUUAUCCUACAGUUCAGUUAGACACUGUGGAUAAGAAAUAUUUAAUAAAAGAACCUAAUAAGGAACCAUUUUAAGGAUGUGUGGAUGAUGAGCACGUAAAUUAUAUUGACUACAAUGUUUAAAAUACAAUUCAAAAGGAAACUUAAUUACAUCCUAAUUCUGAGUACUCAGGAGCUAUGCUAAAGUCAUUUGUAAAUAAUGAGAUUACUGAAAAUGGUAAAUGUUAGGGAAGAAAUAUAGGAAUAGAUAAGGAUGCUUUUCAUUUUAGCAAUAAACAUCCUGUUUUAUUAGAAAAAAAAGUGACAGAGCAAUAUUUUAGGCCAUUGAACUCAUUUGCUCAAUCAAAAUAAUAUAGUGAGCAUUCUAAUAAUGUUAAACUAAUUAUGAGUGAAUCAGCCUUCUUUGGUUAAGGUUAAUUUAGUGGUAUAAUCUUUGAUUCUGUGGACUUAGAAUAAACGAUAGCUCAUUUGAUAUAUAAUAAUUUUUUUGGAUUACCAUAUACAGGGUCAUAUGGAUGUGAUUAGGGAAAAUCAAAUCUAAAUUGGUGUGCAAGAUGGUUAAGCAUUUAAGCAUGGAUGCCCUUAUUUAUGAGUAGAAGCACAUCAAAAUUUCAGUUUUCUAACCAUCCAGAUUAUUUUGAUUAAAUUUAUUUAGAAGUGAAAGCCAGAUAAUCAUUAAAUAAAUGGAUGUUCGCUUAAUUCUUAAAGAAUUAUGAUUCGAAAGUAAACGCCUUUACUGGAACAAUAAUAUAACCUAUCUGGUGGUUUAAUACAUCUGAUACAAGAGCAUACUAGUAUGAAGAUAGGGAAUUUAUUUUUGGUGAAGUGUUUCUAGUUGCUCCUAUAAUAGAAGACCCUGAAAAUGAAUAUUCUACAGAAUAUGACAUUUAUUUUCCAUAAGGAGACUUUUGGAUGGAAACAAAACAACCAACUUUAUUUAUGGGAGGGUCUCACGUAGCUUACUUGAUCCUUUCAAAUACAUAAACUCCAUGUUUUUAAAAAGCUGGAUCAAUAGUUUUCAAAUAGGAUAGUAUAAAUCUAAAGAUGGAUUACUUAAAUAAUAUUUAUAAUUUAUAUGUUGUGUUUUCAAGAUAAGGGACUGAUGGAAAUGCUGAAGGAAUUAUGAUCACGUUGCAAGACAUGAGCGAUGAAAAUGUGAAAAAGAAAUGCUAUGAGAAUGGUAAUAAUUGUUUGAUGAAAGUGAAAAUGAGAUAUGUUUAUGAUUAAAACACUCGUUCUGAACAUUAUUUUAUUAGUUGUACAGGAAUAAAUAAGCAUACAGUAUUUGAGUAGGUGUAAAUUAAUACACUUAAUCUAUUUCACUCAAAAUUACAAAUGGAUAACUAGAUUACUUUGAAACAUCCUAUAAUUAUUAAAGAUAGUUUCAAAACUGAAUAUGAUUUAUAAUAAUAUAUGUAUUGA